CUUGGCCUGCGCUCCACCGGGCUGCGCGCAGCGGCAAGGCUGCUCCGGGCUGCAGGAGCAGAGCGAACUGGGAGGCGGCGAUCGCAGCUGGGCCUGGACUUCCUUCCUCCACCAAAGGACAACAAAACAACCGACAGCCGGCACCCAGCCCUUGGCAGCAGCUUGAGCGAGACGUGCAGCCAUGGGCUCCCUGCUGAGCAGCGACAGCGGCAAAUCGGCGCCCGCCUCAGCCACCCCACGGGCCCUAGAGCGCAGAGGGGGGCCCGAGCUGCCCAUCACGUCCUUCGAGUGCUCCGUGUGCCUGGAGGUGUUGCACCAACCUGUCCGGACCCGCUGUGGCCACGUAUUCUGCCGUUCCUGUAUUGCUACCAGCUUAAGGAACAAUAAGUGGACCUGUCCAUACUGCCGGGCAUAUCUUCCUUCGGAAGGAGUUCCAGCAACAGACGUAGCUAAAAGAAUGAAAUCAGAGUACCAGAAUUGCACUGAGUGUGACACCCUGGUUUGCCUCAGUGAAAUGCGGGCACACAUAAGGACUUGUGAGAAGUACAUCGAUAAGUAUGGACCACUGCAAGAACUUGGGGAGACAGCCACAAGGUGUGUGUGUCCAUUUUGUCAGAAGGAAUUGGAUGAAGACAGUUUUCUGGAUCAUUGUCUUACUCAUCACAGAUCAGAAAGAAGAUCUGUGUUCUGUCCGCUUUGCCGUUUAAUACCUGAUGAGAACCCAAGCAGUUUCAGUGGCGGUCUGAUAAGACAUCUGCAAGUUAGUCAUACUUUGUUUUAUGACGAUUUCAUAGAUUUUGAUAUUAUUGAGGAAGCUCUUAUCCGAAGAGUCUUAGACGGGUCACUUCUUGAAUAUGUGAAUCAAUCCAACACCACAUAAUUUUACUAAUAGGAAGGGAAAGAGGACCAUUCAAUUGCACAUUUAAGAUGCUGCUUGACCAAUUGGAGGGAAAUUGUUAAUGUUUGAUGGGGAACAAUGUACAACCCACUUAUAUGUUUGUUCAUGCUUAUUGUUAUAUUACAUUUAAAAACUGCUUUAAUUUUGAUGGUUUAGAUCUGUUCUACAUGCUUGAGUUUCUUAGACAUUGAACAAGAAGAAAUAGUCUCCAUCUGUCAUUGCUUUAUGGAAGAAACAGAGGCUGAGUAUAUAGCUGGAGGACCUCCAUUUGCAAAUUGGAUGACCCUGUGUGAUGCUAUAUAUUCGUAACUUACCAUCAUGGUUAGGAAGGUAACUGGUCUUUGUUCUAUGUAAAAAGAAGGGGAGUGAAACAGAGUGUAGACAUUCAAGCAAAUAUGAAAUCAGUUCCAAUGUCCAUGUUCUUGGGUCUAGUAUGAUAGCGUGGGUAGUCUUGUUAGGAGUAGGAAAAGAAAAUUUUUAAGUCAACAAAGUCCAUUUUAACCAAACUGUAUCUCAUAAUGGUGUAGCAGAAUUUUGUGUUAGAAAUGUAUACUUAAUUCUUUGACUUUUUAUAAGUGUGCACACCUAAGAAUUUAUUAUAUUUUAAAAAUAUUUGUAGUUUAUUAUUUAGAAAUAUUUCUAUAAUAUAAGUAAUUUCUUUAGAACAAUCUGUUGAAAUAUCCAGUGGAAGUACUCACAUCCAUAAAUUUUAGUGAAAAACCUAAGGGCUUUGUUUUUAAUUUUAACCUUUUAAAAAUUACAAAAUAAAACAUAAAUAAUGAAGCAAACACAAAAUUUAUAAUGCAGUGUAUUAUUUUAAGAAACAUUCUUUUGGAAUUCUGCCAGACAUCCCAUUGUCCUCUUUAUCCUGCCACAGAAGUAACCACUGCACUGAAUUCAUUUAUUUGUCACCAUAUAUUUGCCCAUUAAAAAUCUUAUUCAUUGAAAAUUGCUUUUAUUAGAUAUAUAUUUUAUGGGGGCUAGAGGCAUAGCUCAGUAGUCGAACACUUGCCUAGCAUGCACAAGGCUCUGGGUUCAAUCCCUAGCAUCACAAAACAAACAAACAAAAAAACCUAAGAUAUAUAUUUUUUACAUAUCUUUUAAUAUUUUUUUUUCGAUGCUGGAGAUUGCAGCAGAGCCUUGCUACAUCCCCAGCCCUUUAUAUCUCUUUUUAAUCUAUAGGUAUCUCCUCCUUCUUCCUUUCCCUUAAAAUUUACCUAAUGGUGAACCUGAAUUUAGGACCUUUCUAGUUUCUCCCAAUCUGUAUUUUACUGGUUGAAUACCCAUGGCACAAUGCAGUAUGUUCCUCAGAAUAUAGGCAUGUGGGAUGAGAGAUAUGAGCAGACCCAGGCUCGAUUGGGGAAAGUAUGGGUCACGGUGUGGCUGGCUUUGUCUUUUUUUGAUGCUAGCUGAAAUUGGUACUCAGUGCCUGGAUCCACUAAUUGGGUUGAGCAUAUGCUCUCAUUUCUGUUUCAUUUAUUAGUUACAACAUUUUUAUAAGGAGGUGCUUCCCCAUAUCUCCUACUUGGUUAACCUGUAAUACAGCUCAUAUAAGACAAUGAAAAUACGUACUUGAUUUUUUUCCCCUUUGUCAUCUGGUUCGAGAUUAUAGAUUUGCUUCCUGUUAUCUUCUAGAGAUCACUUUUUACAAACACAUCAUGAGCUCAUGUAUCUAAAUAUGUUUGAUGGGCUUCAAUCCAUACAAGUAUUACCUUAUUGAAACUCACAUUGUCCCAUCUUUGGCCAUUGAAAGCUUCAAGUUGACUCUGAGUCUUUCUGAAACGUUAAUAGAUAGAUUCCUAGCUAUCUCAUAUAAUGAGAUCCCCCGCCAAACUUGUACAUUUCUUGCCCAGAUAUGAAAUCAGCCAUUUUUCUAGGAAACCUAGUUUCUGUCUUAAAUUGUAGUUCAAAACCAUAAUCCAGGCUCCAAGGGUACUCAUUGCUACUAUGUUGGUCAUUGUUUCAAGGAAAGAACUAGGAACUAGCUAUGUUUUUAAAGAUAAAAUACUUCAUGAGUUUCUUUUGAUACUUUCAGAUAAACUAGGUAUUAUAGCAUUUUUACCUAACUUCUAUUACAAAUUUAUUUCUGGACUUAAAAUCUUGGUUUUCAAGGACAUGGGCAUGAUAGAGCUAGAAUACCAAAAUUGCUUUCCUUUAUUUACCUUACACAUGCAAUGGUACCAGAAUAACAUCAUUCAAUCACAACCAAGUUGAUAGCCAAAGCAAAAUUUUUUUCAUUUGCUCUCCCUAUUUUUAAAAAUAAUUUUAUUAUGUUAACCUUUUCAGAACAUUGGUAUAACAUAUUCUGCUCUCUUCCUUUUAUUCUCCAUUUAGUCUUCUUCAACAAUGCAUUUAACGUUUGCCACUGGUUUUUAUUUGAUGGCACUGACUGUUUUUCUUUAAAAAUACAUUCAGGAUAGAGAUUAGUAUUUACAUUUUGAAAGAAAGGAAAGAAAAAUAAGCACUAGGGAUAUCAAACUCCUGAGGGUGAAUGUUAUUUGACUUAGCUUCUUAAUUGUAAUCAUUUAUAAAGUUCUUUGUUCCUUACCUAUAAAUACAAUCAUAAUUACCUUGCCCCAAAUUUUCUGUAAUAAAUUAUCCAUGAUGUUAUAAAAGUUAUGUUGGUAUUUUCCCAUCCAGGACAGGAUAAUUGAGAAAAAAUAACCUGGAUGAAAUCUAGAAGGCCUCCUGUCCUCCCUUUUAUUUGUUUAUUUGGUGGCACUGGGGAUCAAACUAGGACCUUCUUGUGUGUGUUAGACAUAUACUCUACCACUGAGCUGCACCCCUAGUCCAGCCAUGUCCUCCACUUUAGAUAUUGAUUUCAAAGUUGUUUUUCACACCUGCUAACAAGUAGCAACAGAUUUUUAGUUUCACAACCUGUCUCCAAUAUGGGUGGAUCAUACAAUACAGCAAAACCUGUUGGGCAACAAGAGCAAAAGGAGAGGAAUUUUUUUUAGAAGUAAUCAGACUGAAAAUAGGACACAUUUCUGAGCAUUAGUGCCUACUAUCCAGACAAUAAACCUUAGUUAAUUUAGAGCAAUAGAAAUGAUAUCUUUAUAUCUGUAAAACUUGAAAAAAAAUUAAAACUUUAAAAACUGUGUUCUAAGUACAGCUUUAAAUCAUCUACCACUGUUAACACCAGUGCAGCAGUUCUGCGUCCUGUCCCUGAGUUUGUCUUAUGAUGAUUUUGCCACCUACAGGACAAAUCAGGUGCUGGCUGCCUGAAAUGCUUUGUUUUCUGAAUUCUUUUCAGUUCUAUGAUUGUUUCACUGUGCCUUUAGCCUUUUAUAAAAAGGAGUUUAUAAUUUGUUUCCUUAAAAAAUAAAAACCAAUAUUUGAAGCUUUUGACUACCCACAAAAUGUUUCACUCACUUUAUGGUGCCUCAGGAUACAACUUUAUGAAGGCUUUAUAUAAGGAAAAGAACCAAUUCAUAUGUUAUUCUAAAGCUAAAAUCUCCUAACCCUAUAAAAAGCUAUGGAGAUUUCUGUUUCAUGUAUUUUUUCACCCGAGUUUCCAAAGUGUUGAUAGAAAACUGGAUUGAUUGCUAAUCUGUGGUAAUGACAGGGUUCCAAGUCAGGUCUCCUGAGAGACCCUGUCUCCAAUGAUGUUGCUUCAUUACUGUUCCUGGGUGCUAAGUGUCUUCGUUCCAAAGUGAGCUUACUCCAGUUCUUAAAUAUUUAUCAUAUCGUAAUGUGCAUCCUCAGACAUUGAAAGUAUUUUAAAAAGUACUAAGAGAUUCAUUCUUUUAUUAUUCAACUGUAUAAAGAUCUGUAUACUGCUCAGAAUUUAAAUGUACAAUUCUUUUUCUUUUGAAAAUUGUAUUAUGAGAAAUAAAGAAUGGCAGGACCAUUGCUUUCAUUAAAAUAUUUACUGUGUCUAUUCUUUUGGGGGGCAAGGGAUUACUGGAGUUUGAACUCAGGGGGGCUAGGCAGGUACUCUAGA